AAGUCUUUAGCAAAGCAUAUCUUUUACAAAAGAUAAACUCCGAGCCUGCCUGGCCAUCCACUGUAGACCGAAUUGAACAAUAUGAAACUAUUGUCAAUAGCUUUCUUACUUCCUGGUCAAUGUGCAAUGCUUCCAAUGAUGCUGACGUAUCAAAUGAAGCUAAUAUGUAUUCCAAACCUCAACGCUAUAUGAAAUGGUUACAUUUUAUACAGAAAGAAAUGAAACAAAAGAAGUUCAUUCAAGAAAUGAAACCUCAAGACAAAGCAUCAAGCAGUUAUGUCCAUCGAAAGUUAUAAGAACUUCCUUUUGUCAAGAAGCUGAAC